AUGAAGAUGCUUCGAUUUUGUGUUUUACUGUCUGCCAAACCUCCUCAUGUCUGCUUCAAUCUUUUUAAUAUCCUCAAAGAGUUCCUGUGCACAGACGCCAUGGUUACUGGUUGUCAGGCCAACUUUGUUGCUCUUUGUGCGUCAGAGGAAGUGGCAGAUAUCAGUUUCAGAGCAGGAAUAUGCUUGACCUGCAGCCCUGCACUCAACCAAACAUGGCAUGCACAAGCAGAUUGUGACGAGAAAGUGAAAAAAGAAAGCGCAAAAGGCUGUACAAGUUCUCUCAGCGAUGGACAACAAGAUGAAAAACCUUCUCAAGACGUUGCCAGGAACACUUCCAAGAAAGCGGCUACAGGCUCGAGCACUAAGAAUGUUUUCACGCGGCUGCUGAAAGUGGCUCAGCAUUACCUUUUGGAGUCAGGCAAGUACAGUGCAGCUGCCAGGUCUUCUCCUGCCAAGAGGAGCCCUGCCCUCGGCCACCUCCCCAAAACCAGAACCUCCACCUCCUUUACUCAGGCACAGGGUCGAACCAGGAGGAGCAGUAGCAGGCGUUCCCAGAAUUCCACUCUGGGUGGGGUCAAGAAGGAGCAGCUCCCUUCUCAAGAUUCAGAUGGAGGUGCCACUGAAGACAGCUCCAGCUCUUCGGCCUGGCGUGUGAGGUCAGGGCCCGUGGGUAAAGUGGCUCGCAGAAGGAGCCGAGGUCAGUCCGGACGAGGAAGUUCCCUCCUGCUGAAGAAUCGCAGCUCUAGAUCUCAACAGACAGCAGCUCAAACGUUUCUGCGGCCGGAGAGCAGCAAGAAUGAUGAAUGUCAAGAAACCCAAAGCAGGCAUGUGGCACUGAACGAGAUAAACUUCAUCACCUGCCCAAUGACAGCAAGUCAAGUGCGAGAAUCACAGCUAAUUUGAGCCCUUGAGGAACUGGUCAUGGAACAAAGUGUGCUCACUUCAUAACUGCUCAGUGAAACACUGUCAUUUGACAAUUAAAGCAGGCCCUGCCUGACUGCUCCUUCCAUGUCUCUGACCACGUGUUGCUGAUAUGCACUACCAACUUUACAUAAGUCAAUGUUAAUGUAUGAAUGUAGGAUUCUCCAAACCUAUUAUUCAAACAAUAAUUUAAGGAAUGUCUGUAUUUUAA